GGUCCACCAGCCUCCACAGAGAGUCCACUGCAUUCUCCGCCUGGCUCAUGCUGCCAACAGGCAAGUCCUUCCAACCUCCACGUGUCUUCCUGCAUAGAGGAUUCCCUCUCUAGACCACAAGGGUCCCCAAUGCCUCUGUCACCACUUCCUUCUACUAACUUUCAUACCGCCUUCGAUCCUCUGCUUUCCUCUCCGUCUGAUCAUGUAGAGGUUGAAAUGGAAGCAACAACUUCAGCUGAAGCUAUCUACACUACUGUCGAAGCUUUAGCUGAAGCUGCUGGUUUCAGUGCACCUAUUUAUAAUGCUGCCGAUGCCUGCGUUGACUCGGAAUCACCACCAAAAUCGACUUCACUCUGUUUUCCUUUACCUCUUGCGUUACCUGAUGUGGACGCUUUUGCUAAUAAAUCCGGUUCACUACCAUUUCAUCAUGCCCAUAUCAUGCCUUCUGACCAUCAGUCCCGUUCUGAUGCAUCAUUUGGCUCUUCCUUCGUAGAGAAAAUUGAGGCCAAGCCUCUUUUAAUGACUACUGGUCAGCUAGAGUCCAUCGAUAUCUCGCGAACUGGACUCGAUACAUCCGAUGACAUCAAAGUUUGCCCCUCUAACACUUCUGAUAAUUCUGGAUCAGCUGACCUUUCAGCGGAAGUUGUUGACACAAUCGCUUCUUCCCGUGAGGAGAUGGAACAGUUGUCUACCUAUGCCCAAAUAGACCACGAAUCUCCACCUCCACAUGCACUCUCAUCCCUAGUGGCAUUGGAAAAGAAUUUCUGUGCCGAGAAUGAACUAAAGCUUAGUACCCGCUUGGAUUCCUCAUCAGAGCCAAAUUCAGAAGUAAGCUUGCACUGA